AAACGGGUGAGGUGGCGCCGAUACCGCACGACGGCAAGAACGCUGCUGAGCUCUGGUCACUUGGAGUCCGCUUUAAAUAGCAGAACAAGGAGUACGUAAAAAAUCUUGGGGACAAGAGUACUACAUAUACGGUCAGCGUCACAAACUGAGAAGAGUAUAACCACGCUCCCGCUCUUAGUUAUCUUAUUUUUUAUUUCUUCUUUCCCCCUCAAUUUUGUGGGAACAGCCAGCGUGAGUCAGUUGUGCAUGUCAGGACAUACCAAAAGGGAUGGCUCUUUCCUCUUCCGUGGCUGGUACACGCAGCAGUAGCACAGGAUAAUGUACUACUUCAGGGAGAAUGGAAUACAUUCCUCCGUUGAGCAGAUAAUUAAUAUAUUUACUAUUUCACAGUCUUGAACUGUAGAAAAAACGGUUCGAAAUCAUUGAUGACCAUCUACAAAAAUACAGAAGAAGCUAUUAGUUAUUUAUAAACUGGAUUGUUUUGAUAAAAGAAAAUUAAUGUACAAAUGCAAGAAUAAAGCAUUACGCUAGAACGGCAAGCGCUGCUGCAGUCAGACACAGUUCCCUUAGAUGCACAUUUAAAACCGAUGACAGUCUCUGACUAGCCCACAAUGCAUUUCCUAUAUUGCUGCUUAAAAAGCGGUACAGUGCUACGCGAUUUGGGCUUGGAAACUAGCGGUUAGGAGAGGAUAAUAUUAAUUCAGAACGUAUCGCGCCUCCGCACCCCAGAUCUGUAAAGUAACGUAAUGCAUUGCUAAGUAAUUGGCAAAUGGGUAUGUCUCGGGCUAAGCAGCACUAAAUAACCUGUAACGCUUACUAAUCCGACUUAAAGGUUGCCAUUUCAAGUGCCUUGUGCCUGCUGCACCACUACCUCCUCCUUAGACUGCUAGUAAUGCAAGCUCCCUAAGGAUAGCAGGCACAUCGGUGCGUGGAAUAAUCCUCGCUCUAAGACUGGUUCGAUUGCUCGUGACAUCGCUCUAGUCCCUGUGCUCGUGACAUCACUCAAGUCCCUCGAGCUCGAAUCUCACCCUCAACUUCUUUCACCUGUCCGUCUUUUCGUCUGCACUGCUGCGCCUCUUGGAUUUACUCUGUUACACAGGGUUCUGCAUUACCCAAAACUCGUACUUACAGGGAUAUUUGUUAGCUAGAGAGAAAGAAAGCGGAGAAAAAGGAAAGAAACUAUGAAAGCCACCGGUGUCUGCUAUCUGCUGUUAUUCUUUCCUGCUUUGAGUCUUACCACCAGGUUAGGAUAUGAAGAUCUGGAAAGAAAACUGAAAGAAGUAUUCAUAGAAAGAAGCAACAUCCUACGUCAGCUAUCGAAAACUUCAAAAGAACUUGAGGGAAUUAAAGUAAAUUUUAAGGCCUUGAAAACUGAUGAGAUGGCUGCCAAGAAUGAUGUUCAGAAACUGUUGGAUUUAAGCCAGAAACAAAGGGAAGAAAUGAAGUCUCUGCAGGAAACUCUUCAAAAGCAGCUUAAUGAAGCAGCAGAAAAAGAAGAGAAACAGCAGGCUACAAUUAAUUUUCUGAAGAGUGAAAUGGAACGGAAGACCAAAAUUAUUCGAGACCUACAGCAAGAGAACAAGAGCUUGAAACACAAAUUAGUAUCAGGAAGCAAACUCUGUGGCAUUCAUACCGAAGAGUCUAAGAAGAUUCAAGCCCAAUUAAAGGAUCUGCACUAUGGAAAGAAGGAUUUGAUUUUCAAGGCUCAGCAGUUAACUGAUCUGGAGCACAAAUUGCUAUCAGCAAAACAGGACCUGGAACGAGCUGCCAUUGAUAAUGAAUCACAGCUGAAAGCAUUGAAGGAAACCGUGCAGCUUUGCCUGUCUUCAGUUCUGCACAGCCAGUAUCCUCCCAUGAGUGUAAUCCCUUCAAAACCAGCUCGGCAGUUGACAUCCCCUGCAAGAAAUGUCUCAACAAUUCCAUUUCAACUAGUAAACAGUAAGAAUAAUUCCCAGUUCACGAAAACAUCUUCUUCAAACAAAGAAGUUUUCUUCAACGAGUCUCUGAAGAAAAAUAAGCAAGGCAUCAAGGACUGCAGCUCUCAGAAUGAUAGCAAGAUAUGUAGCUCUGAUAAGAUGAGCUCAUCAGAACUUACUUCAGAAGACAAAGAACAAAGCACAAAUCCACUGAUUGCGCACCCUGUAGCAAAGAAUGAAACAGAGGAGAAUAUACCUGCAGAGCAAAUCGUAGAAAACUCAAAAAAUAGCAAAGGAGAAGAAAAGAUGUUGUAACAUUGGAUGAUACCUGCAACCAUAAAGCAUUGUUUGUGAAAUGUCCGAAAGUAUUUUUUUCUUUCCAACAGAAUGCACAAAUAUGUUACAUUUACCGUAUCGAGCAUGUAGUGUUUAGUUAGUCUGUGAAUGUUUCUAAACUCAUACCCUUUCCCAGUGUUAAAACUGUGACAGUACCAGUCACUAACAAAGCAAUAAUAAUGUCUAAAUGUGGUGGUUUAUAUUAUUACUUAACAAGCCUGUAAACAUAUUGAAUGUAGUAAGUUUAUUAUUUGCAUAUCACAAGUCUCCCUGUGUUGUGAAUGCCUGACAAUCAAACCUUUUAUCCUACUGGUGAUGUUACUGCUACUGCGGCCCCAUUUUGGAAUUACUGAACUUCUGAGUUACAUCGAUGGAUGAAAAGUCAUUUUUUUUUUCCCUGAUGAGGAAAGUAGACCUUUUUUUUUUCAAAGCUUGAAAAGUUCAAAAAAGCACAUGUUAUUAUAGGAAUCUCAUCAUAAAUGAAGGCGACUAUGUUUACUCACAUUCAUUUUGGUAGAAAUAGCCUUAAGAAAAACACAUACCAUUUUCCUGUACUAUGUAUAUGAAAAAUACAUGGUUCUGCUGGUGAAUGAAGCUGUGAAGUUCUAUGAACCGUGUUAUUGGUCCCUGUGGAAAUGAAUGCUGCAUGGUUUUAUCUGUGGCAGUCUGAGAACUGGCCAUAAAGGUUGUUUAUAGUUUUAGAAUACUUUGUUGUCCAUCUACUAACAGUUCUAUUUAUGAGACAGAGAAUUCACUUUAAAAUAAAUGCUUUCAUACAUAUUUUUGCUUCAGUACAUCUCAAAAUGAACUAUUAGAUACAUUAUAGCUUAAUGAAAACUGUUUUUUAAUCAUCUAGUUUUCUCAUGAAAUUACUUGAUGCGUAUCUGUAAACAUAUUUGUUAUUUUAGAGUGUGUUUAUUCUUUUAAUAUAUAUAAAUAUAUUUAUACUGUUGUCACAACACUGGUUUGUUAACUAUCAUCUAUUUAAUGGAAUACAAGUCUGUAUUCGUCUUUGACAUUGCCAGUAGCAGUUUAUUGUGUAUUAUAUAUAUCAAAUUUGUAAAUACUGUAAAGCACACAGAAUUUAAUGUCAAAACAUCAUACCAUAGUUAUCGUAUGCCAUCUGACUGGAAAUAUCAGGGAAAUGUCAUUUUCCCAUUUUGUGUGUUAUCACAGUUACAGAAAAGAGUAGGGGAAUUUUACUCUUGUCAUAGCCAAAUGACCAGUAUCAGUAUAAAUAUGUCCUUAGAUCUCCCAUAAAAAUCAACCAUAGGCCUACAGAAACUAUUCCAGUUAGCAAACAUUAAUGAACAAAUAUAUAAUAUUGUAGCAGAUGCUUUAAGAAUUAAUUUACUAAAAGUAUAGUUACCACCGUCUCUGAUAGGCAGUUGAACCAUUCUUUUUCAGUGGAAAUAACUCAUGAAUAAACCACAACAAAUUUAUAUAGAGCUAUAUAGUCACUAUAUUAGUAGCUCUGUAAGGGUUUUUUUUUUAAACCUGUGUGAGUCAUCUUUAUGCUCAGAGCUUGAAAAAUGUCACCAAAACUUUUAAAUUCAAAAAAUCACAGGUGCAAAUCCUGGUUUAAUGAGAACGAAUAUGGGAAAUGGGGAUUUACAUCUACUAAGUCUGAGAUCAGUGUGUGUUGGAGUAUUUACUUUUCUAUGUGGUAUGUUAUUUAUGGAUUUACCAUAUAAAAGUAGUGGGUGUUUGGGGGCGCAAGGGGGCUCAACCCCUCCAUAAAAGUAACUUUAAAGGAAAAGAGCAACCAUCAGCAUUUGCUGAUCUCCUUUAGCAAAAAUCACUGUUCUGCUCUCUCUCUAUACAUACAUACACACACACAUUUAUUUUUUCAAUUCAGGAAAUUGCAGUUAUUGGUCGAUGGUUUGCAAUAGGAAGAAUAAUCUGUAUGGACUCUAGACACUAAUUUAUCAAUGGAAGAAAUAAAUGAACAUGCCCUGAAUAAGCCAGAUUACAAACAAUGUGGUCUUUCUUAUCCUGGUUCACGAAUCUCUAAGCCAACUACUGUGUACCCUAGUAGCAUGCAUUUUCUCACAUUUGUUACUUCGCGUUCAUCACUGAUUAGCAUACUGUAUUACAGUUAAGGAUGAAUUUUUACACUGAAGAAAGCAUGAGGCUAAAUGAUCUAUAAGCAGUAGAAUACAAAUAUUGACAAACCUGUUUCCAAUAUGAACACAAAUAAUUUCCAUAAAUGUGAGAAAUGCCGAAUGCCUCAAAAAUAAAAAGAUGUAAAUAUGAUGCUAAACAAUGAAGCAAGAAUAUAGGCAGGUAUGCUGUUCGGUUUGUUUUAGGUAUGUACUAAUUCUUUUUUUAUGCAUUAAUCAAAAGUGUAAUGUUCUUUACAGUUUAUUGAAGUUAGAAUAUGUAUACAGUUCCCUAAAGUAAUGCUUGUUUAUAGCUGUAGAACAUAGAAGUUGAAAAAGGAUAGUUUCAUUAAAUGCGGGGAGGGUAGCAAUUUAUUAAAUGUAUGCAUUUUUCAGGUACUUUCAGGGUAUGGGAAUGAAAUGGAGAUAUUUGGCAGAACAACAAAGAAGCAUAGAAAUUUCUCCGUCAGUCUUAUUGCCAAAUUAUUUCUAUUUGCUUUUGUAAGGUGUUCAUGUCAAUAUUAAUAUGUGUAGCUAUAUUUAAAAAUAUGCAAAUCAAGGCCCAAAGUACUACUUAAGCUGGUUGCAUGUAAGAAACCUGGGGCUCUGACACUGUAGCAAAAUCCAAAUGAAAAUAGUAAUAAUCACAUCAACAACGACAAUGUGGCUCUUUAUACGUGGAAUAAAGUGGAAGUGUCAUCAGGAGAAAC